AUGACCUAUUUAAUCGGUGAUGUACUGGAUCUGAUUGAAUGGGUAGACGGUUUUAGUCGUAGGUAUCGAGAAAACGCUCUAUCUAUUACUGGAAAAGGCACCAAAUUGUAUCCCUAUCCGCCCUUUGAACACCUAAAGGCAGCAUGCCAUGAAUACGACGUGGUAACGGGUGUGAUGCCAUGGCGUCCAUUAUUUUGGAUGCCAUUCCCGCCACCACCACCACUUCCAGCUCCGUGCCAGCAGCUGAUUCCUGUUGCGCCUAGCGUUCCUUACGGAUGUGUCCUCCCCGUCCAGGAUUGUUUCGUUCCGAUUUCUUUAGUUUCACCGUUUGCUUCACUUCCAUUGAGACAACGUGAAAGAACAAAAACGCCAAGAAAGAAUAUUCUGCGACAGAAGCAGCAGAAGAGCUCACACAACCUGGCGACCGCGGACGUAUCACGACAUCCUCUGUGCUCUCACGUGCAGAACAUCGACGCAAGAACGUUUCGAGAUCGAGCGCUUAACAAAGAACUUGGUCCGUCAUUUGAACUGAAUCGUGGUGUGUCGCCGCUAGCGGCUGGUGUCACCACCUUGCCACGAAAACACGAGGUCGUCACAUUUUCUGGACCACGCAAGAAAAAUAACACUUCACAAGGCGUUCAGUCUGCUCGGCUUGUUCGCCGAACGAAUAAGUACGUUCCAAGGCAACCGGGAGCCACUUUAGAUCGAAUUGCUUGGCUCGGUUCUUAUUUGGGCCAGGAGUUGGUCAGCUCGUCAGAAUCUUCAUCUGACAACAAUUGCAGCAAUUUCUCACAGGAUAACAACGAUAUUUCUUCAUUAGAGAAAGUUGAAAUCCAAAUGAAUCCAAUUCGAAUGGAAGCGCUCACGUUACCGAGAAGCAUAGGUGCUUCUCAACAAAGAUAUGAAAAUCAUUUCUUCAAUCCUGAUUACUGUGCAACUGUGGGCAGAAUUCGGCCAUUAUACGAUACACCAAUGAUGGAUGACAGAAGAUUUGCAACAAUGGAACCAAGCGAUGCACGGCGAUAUCGUGCCACAUCAAUCUACAUUGACGGGAAUAACGGUUACGGUACGGUAAAAUCGUGUGGUGAUACUCCAACAAGACUUCGAUCACAGACUUUCACAUCAGCGUUUGAUAUGGCACCCACCGGAGGGGCAAGGAAACGAACUGAUCUCAUUUUCGAAGCGUUAUCGAAAGGAUUCAAAUCCUUUAUCGUGCACUAUUCCGACGAAGUACAACGUCUGCGUGAUGAACUGACCGAUGCCGAUUCAUCGCAGUUAAAACGCCUCAAUGACGAGCUUUACCGUGCCGAGGAAAGCCUACAACUGUACGAAUCACAUAAACAAAGGCUGACAAAACUUUAUGAGAAAUAUCGCAGCGGUGCUUAUAAUAAUAUGAAGGUGAAAUCGUCUAGCAUUACCGAUCUCCGCGCUGCGUUCACCGGCAAGACGGUCGACCGCGCCGCAGCAGCAGUCGAAAUGGAGCUGCAAAAUAUGAUGGGUCGAAUUGUUGUCGACAUAAAAGCGAUCGCCGGAUUUGCUCGGAUCGCUGCCGGCGACGUGUUCGAGGUGACCGUACGUCAUGGGAAUCAGAAAUGGCGAACCAGAGGCAGAACACAAGCGGAUCGUACACAAAAUUGGGAGAAAUCCCAAGCGAUUCUUGCAUGCCAACCGGAUGCCAGUAUUGAGGUUAAGGUCGCAGAAGUACGAAUGUUCAAGACAAAAGUACUAUCUGAACGAUCCUUUGAACCUUGUGAACUGUUCUCCUCCGAACCACAACUGGUCACCAUGAAUCUCAACCAAAUCGGUACCAUCAAGCUGCAAUUGGUAGUUACUUGGAUACCUCUACUUGCCUCCCACACGUCAUCACGUCCACCCAUGGCACCGAAAGCAGGCGAAGAAUCGAACACAGAGACUAUCGAGAGGAGACCUCGAGUAGUACUAAGAGAGAAAAAACGAGGCUCUGCUGCUCGAGUGGCUAUGAAAGAACAAUGGCGUUCAUCCACUACUCUUCUUGAUAGUAUCUAUCAGGAUGUUAGUAAGACGAUUCCAACUGUUGAAGCUAUGUCAACGUUUGAUUUGAGACGACCAGCUCAAUCGGUCAGUCCUGUACGUCAGAUUAGUCGUCGUUCGGCAAGUAUGGCACAUCUUGUCGCUACACCUUCGGAAAGCCCCGACAGUAUCCGAGCGUUUAAUAAAAGAUUUGGCAGUACAACACCAUCAGAGACGAGUAGCGACAAAUCUGCUUCUUCAACCGAAAUGUUGGAGACGAUCGAGAGUUUAGUGCCGAUGGUUGAUCGAUUGGCAUCGAAUCAAUAUGCAGAAUUACAAUCGUUGGUGGAAACAUUGAAACAAUGGCAGAAUAUUUUGCGGAGGUCUAGUCAACGUCGAAGUUCGUUAACACGAUCAUCACUGUUUCAUACACCAAGUACCGCAAGUGAAGAACUUGACGAUAAUGUAUUGAUGGCGGGAGAUUUACACUCCGAAAAUGACAGUGGCAUCGAUUCGCUCAGACAGCGCUAUUCUCCAUUUGCAAGUGAUGGGAUGCGAAAGAAAUAUGGUGAAAACGGAGGCCGUAAGGAUGGGAAGCGCUUCCGACAGAUGAAAGAACGACGAAAAUCACUUGGCGCAAUGAUAGAUCCAUCAGAAUUGGAACAGAUGUACCUGGAAAGUGAUCGGUUCUGGGAAAGUCCAGAUGAUGACACAAAAGGCACGGCGACUGGGAAUGCAGAGAUCGACAUGUGCUUGCGGUAUCACCUUUCAAGGGUGGCAAGAUGUCUGCAGAUUCUACAGUCGAUUCCUUCGGAAUGUCCAUUGGUUUAUAAAUCUACGGAAACUUUGAAAAAAUUGGAAGUGGAGACGGUAACGCUGGAUGAUUUGUUACGAUUAGCGAAUACUGUGCCAGCGGUUCCAAAUGUGGCUAACGUUCUGGCAGAGAUCGGUGCUGACCCAUCGCUGCAGGAGAUCUGGCUGUCCGCCUGUUAUCCACUUCAUACUCAGCUUGUCGCACCCAGAGAUGAUCUCCGAACACAAGUUAAGCUCAACAUCGCUCACAUUGUUGAGCAAAAUUACCCACACCUAGUGAACAGAGUUGCGGAUUCGAUUGUUCGACUAAUGACUGAUUCUGCACAAGAGGAAAUGAAGUUCGUCACGGUGUUCCACUUCGUUGGAGUGUUUAGAGGACGACAUUUUGAGUCCUAUGUGGAGAAUUUGGGGCAUGACGCUUGGAUGAUUUCGCUGCUUUCGAGUGGACAAGCUUCUCGUGUACUGCAAGUAGCUGAUCGUCUUUCUCGAGUCCCCAUUGUACCUCCUAUUGAAAGCCUCAAACAAAUUGCAAUAAUCCUAGCCGAUGGAGAGGAACAAAAUCGCAAAAUUUUAGAACGAUAUUUAUCUUCGGCACGAGGUCAACUUCAAUCCGAUCUUGUUUCGUCGUAUUUGUGCCUGUUGGAAGCCGAUGAGGAGCUUGGUCGACUAGGAGCCAUACGUGCACUUAGUAUUAUGAAUAAUUCACGUACAACGAUGCAGCUAUCUCAUGUGGCCGAGAAUGAUUCUUCGGAGAAGGUGAAACGUGAAGCUGCACGGCUGAUACGUCGUCUUGGCAGUAAAAUGACGUCGGAUGACGAGCAAAUCACUCGUAUCUGA